UCUGUACACAGCUGAUCGUGACGUCAAUCUCCAACAUGGCGGACUGGAACAGAGGUCAUGGCUCUGUGGACGACAUGCUGGAUGCUGAGAACAAACGGAUGGCUGAGAACUUGGCCACCAAAGUCUCCAGACUGAAAUCUCUGGCUUAUGACAUCGACAGAGAGGCAGAGGAUCAGAACGAUUACCUUGAUGGCAUGGACUCAAACUUUCUGAGUGCAACAGGGUUACUGAGCGGCAGCGUGAAGCGUUUCUCCACCAUGGUUCGAUCUGGGAGAGACAACCGACGCAUCCUGUGCUACGUCUCCGUGGGGCUGGUCCUGGUCUUCUUCGUGCUCUACUAUUUGGUCUCCAGGAUUCAGCGCUGAUGGGGAAAACCACAACCAGUAACUGGUCCUGAUGUGACGAUGAGACUGUAGACUGUGAUACCAAAUCUGAUCGGUUUAAAUAAGCUCUGUGGAUCUUGUACAAAUGAGAAUACUUUUUUAUUCUGCAACAAAGUGAGAAAACAAAGGAGGAGCAGACAUUUUCCUGAAUUGGUGGUUGGACCAAUGGGGAGCAUCGGCCAUCUCCCGGGGGGGAACUGCAGUUUGUACAGUCAUAACAAAGACCCUGGAGUGUCUUCAACAUGCCAGGACUUUGGAAUCUUCUGCUUGGCACUGACUUUGUCCUGUCCUGCAGCUGCCAGAAAGUCCUUGUUUGGACUAAAGGAGAGCAUAGACUGAAUGCAGGCUGCAUGAGUACAUUACCUACCACAGCAGAGUGUAAUGGGCUGAUGAAGCUGUCAGUCAACACAAACUUGCCCCAAAAUAUAUUUGACACAUUUACCGUGUCUCAGUUUCAGACUACACAAUAAUUUAAAGAGACCAUUUUAAGCUUACUUUUACAGAUUUAGAAUUAUAUUUUGAGGGGUCUACUAGAAUAUGUUUACAUGGUUUAAUGGUCAAAAACACAUUACCCAGAGUACUGGUCCCAGUGUGGCGGUAUAUGCUGUGGACCUGAGGAGGAAGAAACUGUGAGGAAAUGGCAGUCCUGGGUCACAGUGAUAAAGGAUAAUGACACUUAACACAACUAUUCAGAUUAAUUCAUCCAGCAAGCAGUUGUGCUAAUACCGAACAACACUUCAGACUUUUACUAGCCUUUAAAAAUGAUCUUGACAUACGUAGCUGUGUGUUUGCUGGUCGAUAUUAGUAACUCAACAUUUCUUAUUCCUGGCUCUAAAACAUAUCUCAACCUAAGCUUUGGUCAUCUACACUUUUGUGCAACUUCUUGUUUUUCCAGGUGAUACAAUAUUGAAUCAUUUGACAUUUAGGUAAUAUUGCAAAGAGGUGUACUUCUAUCUGUUGUGUACUGUAUAAAUGAGCGUGAAUGUACACUACCAGUCAAAAGUUUGGACACACCUUCUCAUUCAGUGGUUUUUAUUUAAUUAUUUUAUACAUUGUAGAUUAAUACUGAAAACAUCAAAACUAUAAAAGAAUACAUUGUAAACAAAAAAAGUGUUAAUCUUCAGUAUUAAUCUACAAUGUAGAAAAUAAUACAAAUAAAUAAAAAGCAUUGAAUGAGAAGGUGUGUCCAAACAUUUGACUGGUAGUAUAUGUCUGAGCACACAUAUUACUUAUUGUCAAUGAUAAGAUAUUCAGUAACAUUAUAACCACCAUCAUCAUCUAAAAGCCACCUUGUCUCAAAUACAUCUUCCAUGUGUUUUCUAUUUUGUGUCAUUGUUUUCCCAUAAAUUCUACUUCCUGUCUUCCAUUUAA